AACAACAACAAUAACAGAUCUUGGGAUUGGUCGCUCGAUCUUCGUCUCGUGACUUUUCGAUCGAACUCGAUUCUUUUUGCGGUUUGAUCGUAUCUCUCAACGUUCUAGACUGCAUAUCUAUAUAACUUCUCCCUUGCAGAACUUCAGCCGGAGUACACUGAGAAGUCUUGAGCAGGGUGUACUCAGUGGAGGGAGUUUUCUAUUUUCGCCUUGGCUCCAGUCAACCCACGCAGCAGAUCCAAUCACCAUGUCCCUGACCUCAUCACUCCCAACUGGAAAGCCAGACUCAACCGCAACCAACAAGCAACCCACCAAGACCCUCAUCAACCCUCACCCUACAGCCUCCGCAUCAUCAUCCUCACCCCCUUCAUCCUCACCCCCAUCCUCACCCUCAUCACCGAUCAGCCAACCCCCGCAAAUCACUCACACUCCCCAUUCUCAGUCUCCCUCCGAACUCGACUCCGACUCACCCUCUUCUGCCUCACCCUCAUCCCCAUCCAUCUCCUCAUCCGAUCACGACGAUCCUCCCAAGCUACCCUCCCGACGCCAAAAACCAUCAGCCACAUCCUCCAGCAGGCUCGAACUACCUCAGAGCUAUGAUGCUCAGCUCUACGGUCUUCGGAGAUCUACGCGCGCCAGUCAAAAGGUAUUCGAGCACGUCAGCUUAGAGUUCGAUGAUGAGGACGAUGGGACUGGUAACGAUGAUGAAACUAGGCCGAUCAAACGGUCCAAGAAACAAUCCACUUCAGGCAAGAAAACAUCCGCCAAGCGCAAAGCAGCAGAUAAAUCAGCCAGUGUGACACCCCGACCAGGGAUCGAAUCAGAGCAGGACGAUAGUGAUUUCUCGGGAGGCGGCCGAAAGCCUGGCAAACGUCGUCGGGCAGCAGUCAUCAAAUCUGAUGGCGAGGAACCGUCUCUCCCAAGGAUCUCAGCUCGGAGUGGUAAGCCACAGAACUAUAACGAGGAUGAUCGCUAUCUGGGCUUGAUCUCAGACUCCGAGGAGGAACAGAUCGCCGCUUAUGCCAAUCAACCAACGGUUGCGAUCGGAGAUGAGGGUGACGCAAUUGACGUGGUUCUGGAUCACAUGAGAGAUACUAAAUUAUCCGACCCCUCGCUCAAUGACCCAACUCAACACCUGUUGUAUCUCAUCAAAUGGCAGGGAUACAGUCACCUCCAUUCAACAUGGGAAUCAUACGAAUUCGCCAAACAGUACCGAGGAUUCAAAAAACUCGAGAAUUAUAUCAAGAACGUUUGGAUGCCUGAAAAUCUGAUCAAUAGUGACCCAAGUUAUACGGAUGAAGAUCGCGAAGCGUUUAUGAUUGAACGAAAUCGAACCCGGGAGCAAGUCGAGAGCUAUAAAAUAGUUGAAAGAGUGCUUAUGGAUCGGGAGGCGCCACCGACGCUAGACAUUGACCAUGAUCAUGUCGAAUAUCUCUGCAAAUGGCAGGGCUUAAAUUACGAUGCAUGUACUUGGGAAGCCGAAGAGACGAUCGCGACGAUCGCUGCAGAGCAGAUCGCAAUUUAUCGGGCUAGAAUUGAUUGUAAAACCGUCCCUUAUCACUCGACCCCACUUGGUAAAUCUAGACCGGUUUUCGAUAGGAUCAAAGAGCAACCCAAGUAUAUCAAAGUCGGUGGUACUCUGAAGGACUUCCAGGUCACUGGACUCAACUGGUUGGCGUAUGUUUGGCACAAAGGUCAAAAUGGCAUCUUGGCUGAUGAGAUGGGCCUCGGAAAGACAGUUCAAACAUGCGCUUUUCUAUCUUAUCUGUUCCACACGAUGGAGCAAUAUGGCCCCUUCCUGAUUGUCGUACCACUUUCGACUUUACCCGCAUGGCAAAUGCAAUGUGCUCAAUGGGCACCAGACUUGAAUGUUAUCGCUUAUAUCGGUAACAAAGUGAGCCGCCAAACAAUCCGAGAAUAUGAGUUCGGGCCUCCGAAGAAGAUGAAGUUCAAUAUCCUGCUCACUACCUACGAGAUCAUCUUGAAAGAUCGCGCCGAGCUUGCUCAUAUUAAGUGGCAGUAUUUGGCCGUUGAUGAAGCUCAUCGCUUAAAAAGUAGCGAAUCUCAGCUCUAUGAAGCCCUGAUGUCUUUUAACAUACAAUCCAAGUUGCUGAUCACUGGUACUCCGCUCCAAAAUAGUGUCAAAGAGCUCUUGGCUUUAAUGCACUUUUUGCAACCAGAUAAAUUUGAUCUCUCCGAGGGUCACUUUGAUUUGGAAGAUGAUGAAAAGGAGAUAAAGAUUAAAGACUUGCACAAUAAGCUACAGUCUAUCAUGCUUCGGAGACUCAAAAAGGACGUCGUUCAGAGCUUGCCAACUAAGAGUGAAAGGAUUCUUCGUGUGGAAAUGUCAGAGUUACAGAUGUUUUGGUACAAGGCAAUCCUCACCAGGAAUUAUGCCGCAUUAGCCUCCAGUGAUUCUCAAGUCUCACUACUAAAUAUUGCCAUGGAGCUGAAAAAGGCCAGCAACCAUCCAUUCUUGUUUCCCGGCGCCGAGCCUAUGACCGAUUCAAAAGAAGCAGCCUUGCGUGGGGUAGUUGUUAAUAGUGGUAAGAUGAUCUUACUCGAUAAGCUGUUGACGCGACUCAAGGCAGAAGGCCAUCGGGUCUUAAUUUUCAGUCAAAUGGUUCGAAUGCUUGAUAUCAUGUCAGAUUAUAUGUCCUACCGUGGUUAUAUCUUUCAACGAUUGGAUGGAACCGUCCCCUCUGAAGAGCGCAGGAAAGCCAUUGGGCAUUUCAACGCACCUGGUUCCCCCGAUUUCGCCUUUUUGCUAUCCACUCGUGCUGGUGGUCUCGGAAUCAAUCUCGAAACUGCGGAUACCGUUAUAAUCUUUGACAGUGACUGGAAUCCUCAAAACGAUCUCCAAGCGAUGGCCCGUGCUCAUCGGAUCGGUCAAAAAAAUCAUGUGAAUGUUUACCGUUUGGUGACCAAAGACACUGUCGAGGAAGACGUCCUAGAACGAGCAAAGCGUAAGAUGAUCUUGGAAUACGCGAUCAUCAAUCAAAUGGAUACAUCGGGCAAGCACGUUGGAAGGAAAGAGGCUUCAAAACCAGAAACAACCUUCAAUAAGGAUGAUUUGAGUGCCAUAUUGAAAUUUGGCGCGGCUAACCUCUUCAAAAGUUCGGCUGAUCAGUCAAAAUUAGAGUCCAUGGACCUCGACGAAAUCAUGAACAAGGGUGAAAACUUCGAAACUGAAACCGCUCCAACUGGCACCAGUCUUGGUGGUGAAGAUUUCUUGCAACAGUUUGCUGUCCAGGAUGUCAAGGCCGAUGUGACCUCUUGGGAUGAGAUUAUUCCUCUCUCAGAACGACAGCGCGUGGAAUCUGAACGGACGGCAACCACCACCAAACAAGCGGGCGAAGGCAGAAAUCGUGGAACAGCCACCUCUCGUGCUGCCAACGGAUCACCCUCCAGCAAAUCCAACGUGAUACCUCCUGAAGAUGAUCACGGUGAUGAUUAUGAACCCAAUGGUCCGACGAAAUCGGGGCGUUACAAGAAGAGGAAAUUAGGUGGAAGAUUCAAAGAGGAUACGCCUGAUUCGAUAGCUAAACCCAAAGAGAGCCGGGAUUCGAGUCAAUCGAGAAGUAAAGAGUUCAACUCAAAAGAGAUUCGUGAUCUAAUUCGCUCGAUCCAACACUUUGGUGAUAUCCGGCAACGAUACGAUACGAUGGUCAAGUUUGCCAAAUUGGAGUCUAAGGAUCGGGAGGUGACACUGAAAUGUGUGGAUGAGCUCAAGGAAAUAUGCGAGCGAGCUCUGGCGGAGAACGAAGAAGCGAUCCGGCUCAAACGACAAGCUGGCGAGGAAGUCACUCCUGCAAUGAGGAAUAAAGCGGUAUUAAUUGAGUUCAGAAAUGUUGCUAGCAUUAAUGCUGAGACGGUCAUGAGUCGGAUGAAUGAUCUUAGGCUACUUCAUGACGAACUGACGUCCGAAAGGGAUCCCCUCAAUUGGACCCAUCCCGCCUCAGGCCUCAAAUCAACAACAGCUGGCUGGUCAUGUGAAUGGAAUGAGGCCAAGGACAAUUCUCUUUUAAUCGGUGCUUGGCGUCAUGGAUUCGGUCGGUGGGAUCUGAUUCGGGAUGACCCCGAGUUGGGAUUGUCGGAUUCAAUCUUUUUAGAAGAACCUAAACGGGUCAAGGGAGAAGAGCCUAAAGCCAAAAGUAUUCCGAGUGGUGUCCAUCUCAGUCGACGAGGUGACUAUUUACUCCGGGCACUACGCGAAUAUCAUGAGCAGCAGGAACUUGAACAGAAAGAACAAGGUCGCGAUGGGUUUCAUGGUCACCAUGCAAAUCAGUCCACAAAUCAUCACUCCUAUUCUGCCACUGACACUCAACAUCGAUCUUCGAGACCAUCCGGCAAGACGAGUCAUUCAUCCCGCCCAGCCAAGAAGCAGCAUACUCAACAGAAACCCCCACAAGCUCGUCACCAUUCCCCUGCGGUGAGGGCCAGUUCAAAGUCGAGUUCGGAGCUGACAGAGGAAGCUGAUGAGGAAGAUGAAGAACUCGAGGAGGAGGAAGAUAGUAUGGAUGAAGGGGAAUGUAAAGAGGCUAUGAGACCGGUCAAAAAAGAGUUGAAAGAACUCCGGGCCGAUGAAAGUAAGACUAUUGGCGGGGCUGCUCGAGCUGCCAUCCUCAAACGUCUCAUAACCGCCAUCGGUCAUCAUAUCGACCAUUGCGUCAAGAUCAAUCGCGGCGACGAGAAAACCAAGACGAGAUUAAGGCGUCACCUUUGGUCGUUUGCCGUUGAAUGGUGGCCCAGACCAGCGGGUAGCACAGAACCGCUCAUCCGGGCUGACAAAAUGGAGUCCAUGUUCAUUCGACUGCGGAGCUUUGAUCCGAAGGACCAAAAAGCACCUGAUGCGAGCCCCAGUAUCCCCCAGAAUGAGGCCCCAGCUAUUCAACCAGCUCAGGAGUCAGCCUCUUCGCGUACUCCCAGUUCGCCCCCUCCCCCUGGCUUUAGACGCAUCACGCCCCGGUCUCCGAGCCAAGAUAGGUAUGGGCGAGAAGCUAGGAAUGAUCCUCCUAGAGAUAGUGUUGGGAACGGUUCUGUUAGAUACGACGGGGCGAACGGGAAUAGUUCUCGCAAUGAGGGAUGGGGAAAUAGUAGUAGGGGCCCCAGUAGGAAUGAUGGUGACAGCCGAAACGAUUCGGGUGAUGACCGUCGACGAAGCGGGGGCGGAGGGAACAGUAGCAGGCGUGUGGCGAGCGGCAGUGGUAGUGGGAAUAAUGGUAGCCAUCGGAAUAACAAUACCAAUAAGCGGAGGGGAGCCAGGCCGCCGCGAAAGAAUCCGAGCAGUAAUGGACUGACCAGCCAGAGCGGCUACUACCAUCCGAUCGGCUAUGAGAGCGGCCCGUCGGCGCCGAUCCAUCUUGAUGGCUCCGGGCCCCCACCGACGGUGGCGGGAUAUAUCAACCAGCCUGCGGCGGGCUCGCUUUAUUACCGGCCUCCGUCCCAUUCACCCUCCUCGAUCCAUCCUCAUCCGGUGGCCAAUAAUCGGGGACCAUCUUACUAUGGCUCACCUUCUGGUUACCCUUCCCCUUAUCCGGCCGCACCUCCUCCGGUGCCUUCUACUUACCCUAACCACCAUCCUUUUGUGGGAUCCCCUCAUAUCCCGGACCCUUCUGGCUUCGGCCCCGCUGCUCCUCCUAUCCCCCAUUAUCCUCAUCUGCCUCAGCCUCCUAAUCCUUUGCCUCGGCCGCCUCAUCGACCUCAUCCUUCCCACCAUUGAUCACAUCCUUCCCUCUCCCACCCAGAGGACUCUAUACUCCUUAUCUUGUACCCAUAUUUGUUCUUUAGUUGUUUUUGUUUGGUUAUAUAACUUAUAGUACAUGGUUUAUAUACAUAUAUAUAUAGAUAUAUAUAUGCAUCCCUUAGAAAUAUUAAAAGAAAAAAAAGACUCUUGCUUGUUCCUUUGAUCCCCCCCCCUCCCCCC